AUGACCAGAAAGUUCUCUUCCUCGGUGCCUAAAGGCGAUUUGUUCAAGUACCAAUCGCAGCUUCCCAAAUUGCCUGUGCCCACUUUGCAAGAGACUUGUACCAAGUACUUGCGUACCGUGGAGCCAUUUUUGACUGAGUCCCAGUUGAAGUCCACCACCGCCAUCGUGGAGGAAUUCUCCCGUCCUGGUGGCCAGGGUGAGGUUCUCCAGCAGAGAUUGGAGGAGUUUGCUCAGGGCAAGGACAACUGGUUGGCUGAGUACUGGGAUGACUACGCUUACAUGUCUUACAGAGACCCAGUUGUUCCUUACGUUUCGUACUUUUUCAACCACAAGGACGUGAACAAUGCCAUUGGCAAGAACCAGUUGUACAAGGCCUCUUUGAUUGCCUACUACACCACCCAGUUUGCUGGCAGCGUCGAGAACGAAACCUUGGAGCCUGAGAUCAUCAAGGGUAACCCUUACUGUAUGAACGCUUUCAAGUACAUGUUCAACAACUCCAGAGUUCCAGCUGCUGGCAGCGACGUCACCAAGUUGUACGACCCUGCUGAGCACAGAUACUUCAUUGUUGCUUUGAACAACAACUUCUACAAGGUCUACCACCACGACAAGAACGGCCAGCCUUUGUCCAAGGUUGCCAUCUUCAAGCAGUUGGACUACUUGGUCAAUGUUGUCAACCCUAAGGUCCCACGUGGUCUUGGUGUUGGUGCUCUUACUUCUUUGAACAGAGACGAGUACUUGAACACUUACGAGCACUUGGUUGGCGCCUCUACCGUCAACGACGCCUCUUUCGAGACCAUCUUUGCUUCCUCUUUCGUUCUUUGUCUUGACGACAACACCCCAAUCACCAUUGAGGAGAAGUCCAAGAACAACUGGCACGGUGACGGCCAGAACAGAUUCUUCGACAAGCCAUUGGAGUUCUUCGUUUCUAAGAACGGUAACUCUGGUUUCUUGGGUGAGCACUCUAGAAUGGAUGCUACCCCAACCGUCCAGAUGAACAACUUUGUCUUGCUGGAGAUUGCCAAGGAGGACCCAGCUGCUUUCAUCAAGGAGAUCGCCAACGACACUUCUAUUGCUUCUGAGGUUGUUCCAGAGGUUCCAUCUGCUUUGCCAUUUGACAUUACCCCUAAGGCUAGAGCUGACAUUGAGGCUGCUAAGGUUAAGUUUGACGAGACCAUUGCUGCUCACGACGAGGAGGUCUUCCAGUACUACGGUUACGGUAAGAACUUGAUCAAGCAGUUCAAGGUUUCCCCAGACGCUUACGUCCAGAUGUUGAUCCAGUUGGCUUACUACAAGUUGACCGGUAAGGUUCGUCCAACCUACGAGUCUGCUGCUACCCGUAAGUACUUGAAGGGUAGAACUGAGACUGGUAGAUCUGCUUCCGUUGAGGCCAAGAAGUUCGUCGAGACCUUCUCUGACUUCAACGCUUCCAACGAGGCCAAGAUUGCCGCUUUCAACGACGCUUGCAAGCAGCACGUCAAGUACCUUGUUGAGGCUGCUGACGGUAAGGGUGUUGACCGUCACUUGUUCGGUUUGCUGCAGAUGCUUAAGGACGGUGAAGAGCUUCCAGGUCUCUUCAAGGACCCAGUGUACAAGUACUCUUCUACUUGGUACCUUUCCUCCUCUCAGGUUCCUUCUGAGUACUUCCAGAGUUGGGGUUGGUCCCAGGUCAUUGACCAGGGAUUCGGUUUGGCCUACUUGGUUAACAACGACUGGUUGCAUGUCCACAUCUCUUGUAAGAGAGGUUUCGGCUUGAGAUCUGACUAUAUGAGAUACUACUUGACCGAGGCUGCCAACGAGAUGAAGCAGGUCUUGUCCACCCAGUUGCCUUCCAAGUCCAAGCUCUAA